GACAGUCGUGCUACGACCGUUGAUUGAUUUGCGUGUCGAUUACCGUGCCCGAGUUUUAUAACGUUAUUGCCAGGGUAUUUCCUGGCAAUUUGGUGCACGCAGUCGCGAACCUCGCAGUUCUACACGCGGAUUCGUUAAACAGAUCGAGUCCUGUCUCGUCACGGCCUGUGACUUUUCUCGGCGAUAGGUUAUGUUGUCCGCGUGGAGAAGAAAGAAAGCUAUGUUGGAACGGUGUUAAACGGCUAAAAAAAUCGCUUCUAGACUGAAAGACGAGCGUGAAGAAGCAUUUACGUGAAAGAAGAAACAUCGACGACCCGUUCCUUGUCGCGACACCGAAACAGUAUUAAAAACGGUCGAGACUGCUGACCGCAUCGAGGAGAUUGUUUUUUUUUUCCUUUUCCUGCGACUGACACAUGUUCUUAACUGGCGCGGUCGUUGCGUAAGACAGUUAGGAAAUACCGAAUAUAGGAAAAGAAAGAUUUUUCACGCGCCUGUGCUUGCCUAUACAGUUACGUGUCUUCGAAUAGAAAAAGCCUAAAAUUUUUCGUACACAGAAACGAACAACGGCGAGAGAACGGGAACAUAUUUACGAAGGUCGACCGACCUACGUAGAAUCACUAUUGAUGAAUGACAAGAGGACGAAAAUGUUAAGUCAACGAUUAAGUAACAGAAGGUUAAUAGUCGAUCUGCUUGCACUGAUGUUUGGCCUUGGUGCGUGGGUUGGUGUAAAUGGUAUCUACGUUCAACUGCCCCUUCUGGUAAAUGUUUCUCCGGAAGGAUGGAGUCUUCCAGCCCAUAUGGUUAUGCUAGUACAAUUUGCCAACUUGGGACCAAUACUUUACACAAUGUACAUAAAAUACAGUGCAUGGGCGUGCGAUAAAUACAUUACGUACGCGCUUCUAGCAGCAGCAUCGUUGGCUACAUUUAUAUUAGCUUUUUUAUACCACGAAACUUCGAUAGUAUUCGGCAACGAGCACUCUACUGCUCUUUUGUCCCUGAUGUUCAUAACAGCCACGGUCGGAUGUACAAGUUCGGUUCUAUUCAUGCCCUACAUGAGGAACUAUAGAGAAAUUUAUUUAGUGUCGUAUCUUGUAGGAGAAGGGCUCAGCGGAUUUGUGCCGAGCAUAGUGGCAUUGAUCCAAGGGGUUGGUGGUAAUCCGGAAUGUUUGAAUGUUACUCAGCCUGGAUCGAGCGAAGUAGAAUUAAAGCUUCACUAUCCAGAGCCCAGAUUUUCGUGUCAAACAUUCUUUAUUUUCAUCGGUGUCUUAUUGUUCCUGUCUUAUUUGUCUUUCUUGGGAUUGAACAAUUUAUCCAUCGCUGUUGGAGAACUUGUGAAACAUCCGGAUAGUAUGGAGGCAUUGCCAACAGACACAAGAGCACCACCAAGUUACAAAACUAGCUCUGGUUGGACAAUGUCUAAACAAGUGUAUUCAUAUUUAUUAGUUAUGAUGGCAAUUGUUUGUUUCUUAGGUAAUGGUACAUUACCAAGUCUCCAAUCGUAUUCUUGUUUACCAUAUGGGAAUGUUGCAUAUCAUUUAACUGUUACUCUAUCGUCGAUGGCUGGUCCAUUGGCAAUGUGUUUAGGUUUUGUUAUUAAAAUGCCAAAAGUAAGUCUUCUCAGUGUGCUGCUCGGAGUCCUUAUGGUGCUCUCUAGUUUCGUUUGCGUUUUAGCUGCUAGAUCACCUACACCACCUUUACAAAACACCUGGAUAGGCGAAUUGUUAGUAGUUUUAUCUUGGAUACUAAUUAGCGGUCUAAUAGGGUUUAUAAAAUUAUGCAUCACGACGUUGUUUAGGCCCGAUCCUGGCCGAGGUCUAUAUUAUACUGGGGUUGCAACUCAAGUUGGGUCAUUGAUCGGAGCAAUAGUCACAUUCGUUUUAGUUAAUCAUGCAAAGCUGUUUCAUUCUUACUCUCCGUGUUCAUUGUCUACAAAACAUUGACAUUUUAU